UGUAAUGAAAAAUAUAUAGUUUAAUUAAAAUCAUUAUGAAUCAAGUAAUUGAUGAAAAUUUUGUAAAAGUUGUACAACGUUUGCCAUUUGAUGUGGUAGCUGUGCCACAAAAUAAUACUUCGGGAAUAUUGGACAAGGUUACAAAUGCUCCAGUAAAUAUUAAAAUCAAAGUUAGAAAUAAAGAAGCCACGACAGGGAGACAUGAAGUUAUCUCUGUUCCUAAGUUAUCAACGUCUGGUCCAAAAAAAGUACGACUUGUUAGUAGCGAUCAGACAAUAAUUUCUUUUGAUCUAUUCAUGGAGAAAGAAAGUGAGAACAAAGUUUCGAAAAAACCUCAUCAUAAAUUUUUACAAAUUUUUAAACAUCGUGGGUGUUUCAAUAAUAAAAACCAUGAUGAUGUUUAUUCGUACGUACCCAGUUCAUCCAGUGAAAUAUACAGAGCAAAGAGCACUUCUGUUGAUGAUCUCCACGAAAACAAAAUAUUCGAAAAAAAAUAUGCUCUGAAGAAAAAUACUCCAGAUAUUAUAAAUAAUAACACUACAUUAAGGAGAUCUACUUUCUUGGGGAAAUGCAAACCAGGAGGUUGCUUGGAUCCGCCAUUUAGUGAAGACAAAUAUAUCUACAAACCAAAUGCUAAAUUGUUAGCCUUGGAACAAAAAUAUAUUGAAAAUCAUAGAGUAACUGAUGACUGCAAUAAUGAUAAAACUAACUCAGAUAUAGUUGCCGAUAACCCAGACAGUGUGUUGCCACCAAUGUUGAACAAAUAUUCCAUCGAAAAAGUCUAUUCCCAUUCGCUCAUUACUUAUCCACCUGCUCUUCCGUCUAGUCAAAUUGAUGUUCAAGAAGACACCCAAAACAGAAAAUCUAAGAUUAGAACGUCUUUUGAAAACAAGGUAAGAAUAUCUAUGAAUGAGUUCUCAGACACAUAUUUUAUGCCACCCAAAAAACGAAAAAGUAAAAUCAACGGAAAUCUUGAUACCGAAUUUCGAAGAUCUCAAAUUUUAAAAUCGCAUAGCUAUGAUGCUAAAAAUUCCUUGUCAAACCAAAAAGAGCCAACACAAUUGUCUGCAAUGCCUACAAAAGUAUUGUAUACUAAUUCAAAUGGCAAAAGUCAUAAAAUAUCUGUAAUUGAUAACGAUGCAACUUGUAGUAAACUAUCUAAUACAAAUUUAGAAAAUUUAAAUGUGAGAUGUUCUGUAUUUGAUAAGCGUGGUUCUGAUGCUGUAUCUUCACUCAAUUACAAAAAGGCUAUAACUACUGAGGAUAUGCCUUCACAGAGCUCACAAACAUCUAUAAAUAAAAUAAUGCAUACAAUAGCAGACAAACCAUAUAACUCACAAGAAAAUCUAAAUAAAGAAAACCAAGGCUCAAGUUUGUUAUUUUAUAAUACUGAUGAAUACGAAAUGAAUAAAGCACCACAAGACUGUCAAGCUUAUAAAAAUAACAGUAUUUCUAACGGAACACUAAAUAAAUCAAAGAUAAUACAUAAAAUAAUAGAUAAUCCGCUGGAUAAUCAGUCAGUAGCAAGCCAGAGACAGCCCGAAUUUCAAUUGCCUCCACCAAACAAAGAUUUAGUAUCAGAUUUUGCAAAUACUGAUAAAAAAAUUAUAAAAUCUGAACAUGCUCUAAGUACUGAUGAUAACAAAAAUAAACCCACCCCACCCCAAGACUAUGAAAACUCUAAGAAUAAAAGUAUUUUUAUUGAAACUCUAAACCAAUCCAAGAAUAUGCAUGAAAUAUCAGGCGAAGAACUUGAACCGUAUUUGGCGCUAGAAAACCAAUAUUUAGAAUCUGAUCCUGCAUAUACUGAUGAAAAUAUAAUAAAAUUUGAACAUGACUUAAAUGAUGAUAAGAUUAAAAAUAAACGAUCAAGCCUAGAAAAUAAAGGUUUAAAAAACAAAAGUAUUUCCCAUGAAACACUGAACCAAUUAAAGUUGAUGCACGGAAUAUCAAAUGAACUACUGAAUAAUCAGCAAAAGUUGCAAAUGGUGGAAGAAAAUCAAGACUUGAGAUCACAUUUUACAAAUACCAAUGAAAAAAUAAUAACGCAAGACCAAGAUCAAGCAUCUGAAGAGGAAAAUAGGUCUAAAUUAAAUCUUAUGAAUAAAAUACCAGAUGUAGCUACCGAUAAUUAUUCACUGACAAGCCCGAAAUGGAACAAAUUACAAUUUUUGGAAGAAAACCAAAACUUAAGACCGAAUUUUACAAAUACAGAUGAUAACAUGAUAAAGUUUGAAAGAGACCUAACUAGUGAUAAGAAUUCACUCAUUGCCUAUAUACCAGGAACAGAAAGUCUUCGACAAGAAUCUUUUACUGAAACUGCUAACUUAUUACACAACAGUGAUCAUACAAAGCUCAAACAAUCGGAUCAUUCUCAAUUAUCUGUAAAAGAAAAUACACAAAACAGAGAAAUAAUAAAACAAGACUCACACCAAACCAAGUUAGAAGAUAAAGUAAGCACUAUAAGUACCAUCGACAAAGAAAAAUGUGCCAAUAGCUCAUUUGUAACAGAAGAGUCGAACAAAAUAGAAAGUAAAUAUAGUGAUCGUGCUAUCUCUAUUUCAACGGUGAAUAAUGCUGAUGAAACGCAAUUAGCAUAUCAAAACUCAGUUCGGUUACUUAGUGUUGAUUUGAUUUCUAGUAUAAUUAAUGCAAAACCAAAAGUUGCAAAUACAUGAAAGGGAUGCCAUUAAUAAAAAUCAGAGUUUAAAAAAUAUUGAUGUCGAUGUUCGUUAUG